GACGGGGGGGACACCGAUUCACAGCCCACGAAGUGCUGCUGCGUAGGGCAGAGGACGAACCGAUUGUGUUGGUGCCGCAGCUCCCCGCGCUUCUCCCUCCCGCUGCUUCUCUCAACCUCCAAGCUAUUCCCCCUGUCCCGUACUAAAUGCCUCCUUUCUUCUCCUACACCACCCUCCCCUACCAGCUCACGGAGGGCCCUUACCCCAUGCGCGAGUUCUCAGAGUAUUUGGUGGAGCUAACUGACGUGGAGCCGCUGCCCUUCGCCGACGAAGAUGCGUGGGAGUUGCACCGUGCACUGUACAAGUCGGUGGCGCUGGGGAUGUUCCAGUUCUUCGUGGAUCACGAAGACCACGCUACCGGAGAGCACUUCGUCGUUUACUACGUCAUCGCGCGGCCCAAGCCAGUGGAGAAGGAAGGGACGGUGGCGCUGUACCCCUUCGCCCCGCUCCAGACAAUCAAUCCGGGAUUGUUGGAGCUCAUACAUCUUGAGCUCCUCUCCAUUGCGCAAGUGAUCGCGAGCGAGGAGGAGGAGAUCCAACCACGAUUGCGGACGGCGACGGCCCCGCGGAGAACGUACAACGCGGUCGCCAUCCCGGAUUACAUUGCGCAACACGCGGAGAGAUUGGAGGACUUCCCGGAGGAAAGGCCGUUGCGUCCUCCCUCGUCGUAUCCUCGACCAGCGCCACCGAAGGCCCCCAAGAAGACGCCGAAGAGGAAGAGACGCCACCCGUCGCCAGGACCGCAAGGCAGCAGGAUUGGCGGCGGCGAGGAGGUGAUUCAGCCCGCGCAUACGCGAAUUCCUGACCCUGUGCCUGGGAGCGCGGCGACGCUCGUUAAGGAGACUAUGGUGCCAUCGCCGCCCAUUCCGCGUGUGCCCGAUCUCAAUCUUGAUGGAGCCGGGCCAUCAUCAUCAGCAGCAGCCGGAGGAGGAAGCCGAAUGGGAUUUCUGGAUCCCAUAUCCAGACCCCCCGUCCUCACGGGACCUCUCCGUUCCCGCCAGCCACCCCGGGGUGCCCCAGUCAUUGACAUUAGUAGUUCAUCUGAGCCGGACGGUCCAUCCGACCGAGGUGGACUUCAUGGUGGAGCCCGCCACCAUCAAGCUCGAGGCCAUCGCGGGGGCGCCGCGCCCUGAUCCGGCGUGGGAGCCAUAUUUGACACACCCUUUCCAAGGGUGUAUUGCGGCGCUCAUCUACGAUACCGGGCAGCGUCCAAAUGCACUGUACCACUUCCUGGUCUUCGCGGCGCAGAAGCGGGAGCGGCGACCUUACACCGAG